UCAGGUUUUUUUUUGAUCCUCAAAGUACAUAGAGAGUAAAGACUUCCAACGGGGAAUACGGAUGCAAAGUGCGCCGUGCACUGCACAAUUUCUCGUGAACUUCAAGAAAAAAAAACUCGAUUGUAAUUGGUAGGACCUCGUCUUCAUCAACCUCUCUCUCUCUCUCGAACAACUUUCAAACGCCAUGGAGGGAAAUGUUCGGGUGAAGCAAGAGCUAAUCGAACGCCUAGAGCCUUCUUCUGAGUCGAAUCCAGGCGCAGGCAGCUCGAAACCGGCCCCCUUCAUCGAUCUCAGCAGCAGCGAUUCCUCCUCUGACGAUGACGACAAUGACGUCAGUGUGCUUGGCAAGAGGCCUAGGGUUUCCGACGGAGGUUUCCCCGCGAAGAAGGAGAAGAAUAAGACAAUGGCGGCAUUAAGCGGACUCUUGCCGCUUGGUUUCCUCGCUCCUCUUCCGCCGAAAAAUGCGCCCAGUGGGAUCUUGCCGCUUGGUUUUCUCGAUCCUCUUCCGCCGAUAAAUGCACCGUCACCGUUAUGCUUGCCGUCAAAAAAUGCGCAAUCGCCGUUGCCGUUGGCCCAGGGGAAGGGGAAUGCGGUUGCGAAUGUGGCGGGAUGUAGGCAUUUCUGGAAGGCUGGUGAUUACGAGGGAACGCCAAGGGGUGAUUGGGAAUCGUCUUCGGGUGGCAUGGAUCAUGUUAGAAUUCAUCCCAGAUUUCUUCACUCCAAUGCAACUAGUCAUAAAUGGGUUCUUGGUGCAUUCGCGGAGCUCUUGGACAAUGCAUUAGAUGAGGUUUGCAACGGAGCUACAUUUGUGAAUGUUGAUAUGCUCAAAAAUAGGAAAGAUGGUGGCAGAAUGCUAAUGGUUGAAGACAAUGGAGGUGGUAUGGAUCCAGAAAAAAUGAGGCAAUGCAUGUCUCUUGGAUAUUCUUCAAAAAGCAAAUUAGCGAAUACUAUUGGACAAUAUGGAAAUGGUUUCAAGACGAGUACAAUGAGACUUGGAGCUGAUGUCAUCGUGUUUUCACGCUGUUGUGGAAGAGAUAGAAAGAGGCCCACACAAAGCAUCGGGUUGUUGUCCUACACCUUUCUGAGGAGCACAUGGAAGGAAGAUAUUGUUGUUCCCAUGCUUGACUAUGAAAGUGGAGGACAAGAGUGGAACAAGAUGAAGCGAUCUUCUGCCAGUGAUUGGAAUAGAAAUUUAGAAACAAUAGUUCGAUGGUCUCCUUUUUCUAGUGAAGCAGAUCUUCUACGAGAGUUUGAUCAGAUGGAAGAUCACGGUACACGCAUAAUCAUAUACAAUCUUUGGGAGGAUGACCAAGGACAGUUGGAACUUGAUUUCGAUGCUGAUGAAUAUGACAUUCAAAUUAGAGGUGUUAACCGAGAUGAGAGGAAUAUUUUGAUGGCAAAAAAAUAUCCCAACUCUAAGCACUUUUUGACAUAUAGACAUUCACUAAGGAGUUAUGCAUCAAUUCUCUAUCUCAGAAUUCCUCCUGGCUUCCAAAUUAUUCUCCGUGGCAAAGAUGUUGAGCACCACAAUAUUGUGAAUGAUCUGAUGAUGACUCAGGAGAUCACCUAUCGGCCACAGACUUCCACUGAUGGGGUCCCAAGGGAUUCUAAUGUUGUUGCCGUUGUGACUAUUGGGUUCGUGAAAGAUGCAAAAGCUCACAUGGAUGUUCAAGGAUUUAAUGUUUAUCACAAGAAUCGGCUCAUUAAGCCGUUUUGGAGGACUUGGAAUGCUUGCGGAAGUGAUGGUCGUGGAGUUAUAGGUGUGUUGGAAGCCAAUUUUGUUGAACCAGCACAUGAUAAGCAAGGAUUUGAACGUACAAUAGUCCUUUCAAGACUUGAGGCACGGCUUGUACAAAUGCAGAGGACGUUCUGGACAACGAACUGUCAUAAAAUUGGGUAUUCUCGGCGCUGUCAUCGGAAGGACAUUAUUAAUGAGACAGGUUCAGAUAAACUUGGUUCGCACUUGAAACCAAAGCAGGGAAGAAGAGAAUCAAAGGGACUUGUUAGAAAAGUAGGAAGUUAUUCAGAACCAUCAUCACCAGAUGUCAAUGAAUCAAAUGGAAAAUUUGUUCGUAUCAGCAUGCUUCAACAGUCAGAGGGUAAUGAUUUCAAUGGAAAUGAAUGCUCUCCUUCAAUUUUCAAGUCAAAUACUCUAAAUCUGUUGAAAGAAGCAAACCAACGGUUGAAGGAAAGAUUAAAAGUUAAGGAAGAAGAGAUUGCAGGUGAAUUGGGGCAUGAUUUACAACAGGAAAAAGAAAGGUGUAAAUCAAUUGAAAAUAAUAUUGAGUUAGCAACACGAAAGAUUGAGGUGCUGAACAAGGAGCAAGACAGUUUAGUGGCUCUUUUCUCAGAGGAGAGGGAGCGCCGAGACAUUGAGGAAGAAGAACUGAGAAGCAAGUUAAAGAAGGCAUCGAAUGCAAUCCAAGAAUUGCUUGACAGGGUGAAGCUGUUGGAGAAUAUGUAGUCCCCUGAAUUAACGGCAUUAUCAUUUCUGGACUUGUGGUGAUCAUAUACAAUCUGAGGUAGAGUAGUUAACCUGUAAAUUUCAUGGGUUGGUAGCGAAAACCUAUGAAAUGUUGUGUAAAAGGUUGUCGAAGGUUGGCCUUUUGUCACACUGCAUUCUCCACCAUUUCCUCCUGAUUAUAGGUGACCUGUAGAGAGAGUAUUCGAGGGGAAGCUUAACUAACUUGGAAGUUAUGCGUCUUUUGUAGUGAGACGAACUGCGGUCUCAAAUUUGUAACUCACAAUGGUGCUGUGUAGCCAAACACAUUGAUGUAGUUUGAGUGGUUUGAAUUUGAUGGUAUAUGCCUGGAUUAAAAAUGUCUUUUGAACAUUCCUCUUG